AAGAAAUGUCGAAAACAUUGGAGAGAUACCAGACGCUUGAGCUGAAAGAGUCCUUAGGAGGAUCCAUUCAUAGAUACCCUUUAGUCUGCAAAGAGCUCAGCUUAAUUCUCAGAGGCGCUUUUAGAAAAGUUCCCAAGAAUCUCCAAUCUCUUAUCUUCCAAGACACCCUCACCGCCUUUCGCCUCCUCCCUAAAAUGAAGACACGCGGUGCUGUCUCGGCAGCUCAUCUCCUCCUUCAGAGUGUUGAGGCCAGUCUGCCGAAGCAAAAGAAGAACUUGGCUAUUACAGAAUAUAAGAUUGCAAUGGUUGCUCACAAGAGGCGCGCUAAAGCCCGCCAAGAGGAGAAUGUUGCCUAUCUGCCACAAGAUGUUAUUGUUCAUGUAUUCAGUUUCCUGGAUUUUCAAUCUUUAGCUUCUGUUGGACUAGUCUGCUGGCCAUGGAAUUUUGCAGCAAGUGAUAACCGGCUGUGGCAGAGGCAAUAUGCUAUGUCUUACAAUGACUUGAAUAUCAAGGAACAGCAUACCAGUGAACAGGUUGAAGAUGAAAGUUAUGCGCUGUUUUGGAGAAAAGCGUUCAAAAGAGCAUAUAAAGGGAAUACUUCAUCAAAGAAAUUGAUAUCGAGUAGGGGAUACUGUAGAUACUGCAAGAUAAUUGUUUGGCUCAACAACAUGAAAUGUUUCAAUGAACUUGGACUAAAUCCUGAAGUUCAGAAAAUUGACCCUGUGUUACCUAGUCAGGUGGUUAACUACUUGUUGGAAGGUUAUGUAUUAAUGAAAUCUUCUUCAGAGAGUGAUAGCGACAGUGAUUCAGAAGCAGGGCCCUUCUCCAGGUUAUGGGCCUAUCGAAGACGCUUGAACAGAAUUGAAGAUAAGCCUUUCGAUUAAUACCAAUGCCUGGAUGUAUAAUGUAUUACCUGUUAACUUAUAGAGACGCUCUACGCCAUUAUUAUGGAACAAAGAUGGAACAUUGAGGCCAAGACUUGAUGCCAUUUAGUUUGCAUCCGGGCGUAGUCUUCCCUGUAAUUAA